AUGACUACCGCGCAUAGACCUACGUUCGAUCCGGCCCGUGGCAAAGAAGCCCUCCGAGGUCCAGCCUACCAUCAACACCUCCUCCCAGCCCACACCCAACUCAAAUAUCGUCAAGCCGGUCAAGGCGGCGAUGCUGACGGACCCACGCGCGACCUCGCUGCCGAGCUCCUCGCUGCCGAAGCCGCCCAUUUCACCAAGAAGAGCGGUGCCCUUGCCCUCGUGGAUGAUGCCGACGAGGACGACGAAACCAGCGUGUCUAAUGACGCGAAGCGAGCGCUUCCAAGUGCUGAUGGUGAGGGAGAAGAUUUAGAGGCGAAGAGACGGCGGAUCUUAGCAGAAACAAGGAACAUCGAUGCCGACGAUAGCGAAGAGGACGACGACGACGACGACAGUGAAGACGACGAGGAUAGCGAUGAUGACUCUGAUGCAGAGCUGCAGAGAGAGUUGGACCGUGUACGAAGAGAGCGAGAGGAGAGAAAGAAGAAAGAGGAGGCCGAGCGACUCAAAGAAGAGGAAGAGGCCCGAGAACGCGAUAUUGCCCUGGGAAAUCCUCUCCUCAACAAACAAGAUUUCAAUAUGAAGCGCCGCUGGGACGAUGACGUGGUGUUCAAGAACCAGGCACGUGGCACAGAAGACAAGGGCAAGAAAAAGGAGUUCGUAAACGAUCUCCUCCGUUCCGACUUUCAUAGGCGCUUCAUGAGCAAGUACGUUAGAUAA